AAGACACCUGUGUCGGCGCUGUUCUAGGGAAAGCAAAUCGUGACAGCCGAGUUGCAGCGGCAGACUGUAAACAUGGCGGCGUGCACAGCUACAGAGCUGUGCCGAACAUCCCGUUACUAUUAGUCUGAGAGGCUGAGACACCCAAAAAAUGGAGACCGAAGAGGAGCAGCACAUAACGACGCUCCUCUGCAUGGGUUUCCCAGAUCCCGAUGUCAUCCGAAAAGCGCUCCGACUGGCAAAGAAUGACAUCAACGAGGCAGUGGCGCUCCUAACCAACGAAAGCCCCGGACUCGGAUAUGGAUAUGAACCGAUGGAGAGCGGGCCUUCUCCCGGCUUGGGCUCGAGUGGAGACGGGGAAAACAGCGGGCGGACUGGGACGACUGGCUUUGAUCCCCCUCCAGCAUACCACGAUGUAGUGGAUAGCGAGCGGAGCAAUGACGAGAACGGGAACUGCUCAGGAGGUAGCAUGGAGUUCCCCACCACCAACCUGUACGAGCUGGAGAGUCGUGUCUUUACUGAUCACUGGUCCAUACCUUACAAGAGAGAAGAGUCCCUGGGCAAGUGUCUCAUUGCCUCCACCUGCCUUGCACGACACGGUCUUGCUGAUGCUGAUGAAAACUGCAAGCGGUUUAUGGAUCGGUGCAUGCCGGAGGCCUUUAAAAAGUUGUUGACCAGCAGUGCCGUUCACAAGUGGGGUACAGAGAUUCACGAGGGAAUCUACAACAUGCUCAUGCUGCUGGUGGAGCUGGUUGCUGAGAGGGUGAAGCAGGAUCCCGUGCCUGUAAACCUGAUGGGAGUCCUGACCAUGGCUCUUAACCCUGACAACGAGUACCAUUUUAAGAACCGGAUGAAGGCAUGUCAGAGGAACUGGGCUGAGGUUUUUGGAGAGGAGGCCAACAUGUUUGCUGUCUCUCCUAACACCUAUCAGAAGGAGCCUCAUGGUUGGCUGGUGGAUUUGGUGAAUCGAUUUGGAGAGUUGGGAGGAUUCGCCGCCAUCCAGACAAAGCUCAACACGGAGGAGAUCGAGAUCGCUUGUGUAUCAGCUCUGGUCCAGCCUCUCGGAGUUUGUGCUGAGUAUUUAAACUCAAGCCUCGUUCAGCCCAUGCUUGAUCCAGUCAUUCAUAAGAUGAUCACAUAUGUGCAGAACUUGGAGGAAAAAGACCUUAAAGACAAGCGUCUGGUGAGCAUCCCAGACCUGCUGUCGGCCAUCAAGCUGUUGUGUAUGAGGUUCCAGAGAGAGCUGGUCGCUGUGGUGGACGACUUGCGGCUGGACACGCUGCUGCGCAUGCUCAAAACUCCCCACUUCUCCACCAAGAUGAACUCUCUCAAAGAGGUUACAAAAUUAAUAGAAGAGAGCACGGUGUCAAAAACGGUAAAAAAUGCCAUCGACACGGAUAAACUGCUGGACUGGCUCGUAGAGAACUCGGUCCUGUCAAUAGCACUAGAAGGUAACAUUGACCAGGCCCAGUACUGUGAGAGGAUCAAGGGAAUCAUUGAGCUGCUGGGGAGUAAACUGUCACUGGAUGAACUCUCCAAGAUAUGGAGAAUACAGGCCGGCCAAUCAUCGACUGUGAUAGAAAACAUUCAUACAAUAAUUGCUGCUGCCGCUGUGAAAUUCAGCUUCGAUCAGCUCACCCAUCUCUUCAUCCUCAUUCAAAAGAGCUGGGAGGUAGAGAGUGACCGUGUCAGACAGAAGCUGCUCAGUCUGAUCGGGAGAAUAGGCCGAGAGGCUCGCUCUGAAACUACAACAGGAAAGGUGCUGGAGGUGCUCUGGGAGCUGGCCCACCUCCCCACCCUGCCUACCAGUCUGGUACAGCAGGCACUGGAGGAGCAUCUUGGGAUUCUGAGUGAUGCCUAUGCUGUCAAGGAGACUGUGAAACGCAGUUACAUCAUUAAGUGUAUUGAGGACAUUAAGAAGACUCACACUCAGGAGGACAAUAAAGGCAGCGACACACAAAGCUCUUUUCAUAUUGGCACUUGGGGCAAGAAGAAAUCUAACUCUUUGGCUAAAGCUUCUCAGCAGAGCUCUCCUCAGGCGGUCUGGGUUGUCCCCGCUCUCCGACAGCUGCACGAGAUCACCCGCUCCUUUAUCAAGCAGACCUACCAGAAACAAGACAAGAGCAUCAUCCAGGACCUGAAGAAGAACUUUGAGAUUGUCAAGCUGAUCACAGGAUCCCUCGUUUGCUGCCACAGACUUGCCGCGACGGCUUCGGGUAAUAACGGCCUCUCAGGCUCGACUCUGGUGGACGGCAGAUACACCUACCAGGAGUAUCUGGACAGCCACCUGCGCUUCCUGGCGUUCUUCCUCCAAGAGGCCAGCCUCUACCUGGUCUGGAACAGAGCCAAGGAGCUGUGGGAGUGCCUGGUGUCGGGGCCAGAUGUUUGUGAGCUUGACCGUGAGAUGUGCUUUGAGUGGUUUACCAAAGGACAACAUGACCUCGAGAGCGACGUCCAGCAGCAGCUCUUCAAGGAGAAGAUCCUAAAACUGGAGCCCUACGAGAUCACCAUGAACGGCUUUAACCUGUUCAAGACUUUCUUUGAGAACGUGAAUCUGUGUGACCAUCGUCUGAAACGCCAGGGAACUCAGCUGUGUGUGGAGCGCCUCGACCUGGCAGGGAUGGAUUUUAUUUGGCGCAUCGCCAUGGAAACCCCUGAUGAAGAAAUAGCCAAUGAAGCGAUCCAGCUGAUUAUCACAUACAGCUACACAAACCUCAAUCCUAAGAUGAAGAAAGAUUCUGUGUCUUUGCACAAGAAGUUCAUUGCUGAUUGCUACAAGCGACUGGAGGCUGCAAGUUCGGCUCUGGGUGGGCCCACUUUAACACAUGCUGUAACUAAGGCAACCAAGAUGCUGACGGCCACCGCCAUGCCAACAGUGGCCACAUCUGUACAAUCACCAUCCAGGUACAGAGGGGGGUUUGGAUCCACAAAGCUGGUGAUAAUUGAAAGAUUGCUGCUAUUGGCUGAACGCUAUGUCAUCACUAUAGAGGAUAUGUAUUCAGUUCCUCGUACUAUUCUACCUCACGGGGCCUCAUUCAACGGACACCCCAUCACUCUUCACAUCACCUACGAGUCAACCAAAGACACCUUCACCCUAGAGACCCACAGUAAUGAGACUGUAGGAAGCAUCAGAUGGAAGAUCUCUGAACACUUGAGCUGUCCGGUGGAUAAUGUCCAGAUCUUUGCCAACGAUAGUGUGCUGACGAUGAACCGGGACCAGAAGCUGCUGUCCCAGCUCGGCUUCAGCGACGAGCAAAGUCUGACUGUAAAGAGCUCAGGCACCGGCACUCCUUCUGGCAGCUCCGAGUCCUCAGCAUCCGCCUCAAGCAGUUCAAGUUCUGCUGUCUUCAACUCUGCCUACGCCUUGGAGCAGGAGAAGUCCCUGCCUGGGGUCGUGAUGGCUUUAGUGUGCAAUGUGUUUGAGAUGCUUUACCAGUUGGCUAACCUAGAUGAGUCUAGGAUCACUCUCCGCGUGAGGAAGCUGCUGCUGCUGAUUCCAACAGAUCCCGAAGUGCAAGAUGCUCUCGACAACUUUGUUCCCAAAGAAUCCAGCGUCUGGAGCCAACAGAAGACACUUUUCACCCUCGGCCAAGGGUCGGGCUCUCGUUCUCCGUCUAUGACCUCCAAGCAGCAGCAUCAGCCCAGUGCUGCUUCCAUCUUAGAGUCCCUUUUCAGAUCCUCUGCCCCCGGCAUGUCUACAUUCAGAGUGCUGUACAAUCUCGAGGUGUUGAGUUCAAAGCUGAUGCCCACGUCAGAUGAUGAAAUGGCCAAAACCAGCAGCAAGUCCUUCUGUGAUAACUUCCUUAAAGCAGGAGGCCUCAGUCUGGUGGUGAAUGUUAUGCAGAGAGAUUCAAUCCCAUCUGAAGUGGACUACGAGACCAGACAAGGAGUCUAUUCUAUCUGUCUUCAGUUGGCCAGGUUCCUGCUCGUCGGUCAGAGCAUGCCGGCAGCUCUGGAUGAUGAUGUCAUCAGGGAUGGCGAUGCGCUGUCUUCCCGGCCGUUCCGUAAUGCGGGACGGACAGGACGACAGCUGUCUCUGUGUGGAACUCCGGAGAAGUCCUCCUACAGGCAGAUGUCUCUGUCUGAGCGCUCAUCCAUACGAGUGGAGGAGAUCAUACCUGCAGCCCGUGUUGCCAUUCAGACAAUGGAGGUGGGCGACUUCACUUCAACUGUUGCCUGCUUCAUGCGUCUGACGUGGGCAGCCGCCGCGGGACGAUUGGAUCUUGUUGGCAGCCCACAGCCAAUUAGAGAGACCCACAGCUCACUUCUGCCACAAGGAGUCCACACCAGAGUCAGCAGUACUGGAAGCAACUGCAGCUCCAGCAGCGAGGGCGAGACCACGCCGACAGCAUUGCAUGCAGGGAUUUGUGUCCGACAGCAGAGUGUCUCCAUCAAAGACGCCAUCAUCGCUCGCGAGGCUUUGUCGCUGCUGGUUACCUGCCUGCAGUUGCGCUGUCAGCAGCUAUCUUCUUUUUACAACCUUCCCUCCGUCAGUGAUUUCAUUAUUGAUAUUCUGCUGGGAUCUCCCAGUGGAGAGAUCCGCCGCGUGGCUUGUGAUCAGCUGUACACUCUGAGCCAGUCUGACACUUCAGCCUUCCCUGAAGUCCAGAAACCCAACUUGUUCCUCCUUUCAGUCGUUCUCACCGCUCAGCUGCCACUGUGGAGUCCCACAUCUGUCAUGAGAGGCGUCAACCAGAGGUUGCUGUCCCAGUGCACAGAGUACUUUGACCUUAGAUGCCAGCUCCUGGAUGACUUAACCACAUCCGAGAUGGAGGUGUUAAAAGUGAGCGCAGCCACCAUGCUGGAGGAUGAGAUCUCCUGGCUCGACAACUUUGAGCCCAGCUGGAGCUCCGAGAUGGAGACAAGCGAGGCAGAUAACAUCCUGCUAGCCGGACACCUCAGACUUAUAAAGACGUUACUCUCGCUCUGCGGCAACGAGAAGGAACAUCUCGGUCCAUCUCUCAUUCAGCAAUUGCUGGAUGACUUCCUGUUUCGAGCCUCGCGCAUUAUCAUCAACAGCUCCAACCCUACACCUUCCCCAGCCCCAAGCCACGACUUCCAUCCCAAGUGCAGCACGGCCAGCAGCAGACUGGCAGCCUACGAAGUGCUGGUGAUGCUGGCCGACAGCUCGCUCUCAAACCUUCGCCUCAUCACACGAGAGUUGCUGUCCAUGCACCACCAGUCUGAUCCUUCCCUCUGCAAGGAGUUUGAUUAUCUACCCCCAGUGGAGAGUCGAUCUGUCUCAGGUUUCGUAGGACUGAAGAACGGCGGAGCCACGUGUUACAUGAAUGCUGUGUUCCAGCAGCUGUACAUGCAGCCUGGCCUAGCAGAGGCUUUUCUGUCCAUUGAGGAUGACACAGACCAGCCAGAAGAGAGCGUCUUCUACCAGGUUCAGUCCUUGUUUGGACACCUGAUGGAAAGCAAACUGCAGUACUAUGUGCCAGAAAACUUCUGGAAGAUCUUCAAGAUGUGGAACAAGGAGCUGUACGUCAGAGAACAGCAGGAUGCAUAUGAGUUCUUCACCAGCCUGGUCGACCAGCUUGAUGAGCAUCUCAAGAAAAUGGGUCGAGAGCAGAUCUUCAAAAACACAUUUCAGGGAAUUUUCUCCGACCAGAAGAUUUGUAAAGACUGCCCCCACCGAUAUGAGCGUGAAGAAACAUUCAUGGCGCUGAACCUUGGAGUGACUUCUUGCCAGAGUUUAGAGAUCUCAUUAGACCAGUUUGUCAGAGGAGAGGUGCUAGAGGGCAGCAAUGCUUACUACUGUGAGAAAUGCAAGGAGAAGAGAACCACAGUAAAGAGGACCUGCAUCAAAUCCCUCCCCAGUGUUCUCUGCAUUCACCUCAUGCGCUUUGGCUUCGACUGGGAAAGCGGACGCUCCAUCAAAUAUGAUGAGCAGAUCAGAUUCCCCUGGGUGUUGAACAUGGAGCCCUACACUGUCUCUGGAAUGGCUCGUCAGGACUGCAGCGGAGAGGGAGGCGAGGGGCGAGGCGAUGGGACCUCAGGAGGGUCACCCAGGAAGAAAGUCACAAUUUCAGAGAACUAUGAGCUGGUGGGAGUUGUGGUCCACAGUGGUCAGGCACAUGCUGGCCACUACUACUCCUUCAUUAAAGACCGACGUGGGAAUGCCCGUGGACGCUGGUAUAAGUUCAAUGACAAUGUGGUGGAGGAGUUUGAUAUGAAUGAUGAAACCCUGGAGUACGAGUGUUUUGGUGGAGAGUACCGUCCCAAAGUUUAUGACCAGUCCAACCCAUAUCCUGACGUGAGGAGGCGGUACUGGAAUGCCUACAUGUUGUUUUAUCAGAAGAUCAGCGACCAAAACUCACCUGUCCUUCCCAAGAAGAGCAGAGUCAGCAUCAUGAGACAGGAGGCUGAGGAUCUUACACUCUCUGCCCCGUCCUCUCCCGAUGUUUCCCCUCAGUCCUCUCCUCGCCCCCCAAGAGCCAACAACGACCGCCUGACCCUUCUCACCCGCCUGGUCCGAAAGGGGGAGAAGAAGGGCCUCUUUGUAGAGAAGAUGCCUGCCAGCAUCUAUCAGAUGGUGAGAGAUGAGAAUCUAAAGUUCAUGAGGAACAGAGACGUCUACAACAGCGACUACUUUAACUUCAUUCUCUCCCUGGCUUCAGUCAAUGCAACAAAGUUGAAGCAUCCAGACUAUCAGCCUAUGGCCAAAGAAAGUCUGCAGCUAGCCGUUAACUUUCUCUUCCACACCUACCUGCACACCAAAAAGAAACUCAGGGUGGAUACAGAGGAGUGGAUGGCAGCGGUGGAGGUGUUGCUGUCUAAGAGCAGUGAGGCGUGCCAGUGGAUGGUGCAAUACCUUGUUGGACCAGAGGGACGAGAAAUCAUCAGGGUUUGUCUGCUGGAGUGCAGUGUACGAGAGGUGAGGACGGUGGUGGCAUCCAUCCUUGAAAAAACUCUGGAGAGCGCCCUGCAAUUCAGAGACCCGGGACUAGACAGCUUUACCGAUGCCCUGCUGUCCCUCCUGGACAAAGAUGUUCCUGAAAAUGUGAAAAACUGUGCACAGUACUUCAGCCUCUUCAGUAACUUUGCUCAGAGGGGUUCUGGUCCUUGCCAGUUGUUGUUGAAACACUCUGCUUAUCGUCGGAUGCUGAUGUUUUUGUUGGGGCCCAACAGGCAGAACAACCAGAACCGACGGUGGAGUCCGGCUCAGGCUCGGGAGUUUCUUCACCUCCACAGCACUCUGGCGCUCAUCACGCUGCACUCUGACCUCGGCCCCCAGAGGACGCAAGCCCUGGGAGAAUUUAAGCUGCAUGUGAGUAGCAUCCCUUCCUCCACCCCUCUCCUCCCCCUCCACUCAGACAUCCUUGCAUCUCUAUUCACUCCAGAGGGACAGCCAUACCUUCUUGAGGUGAUGUUUGCCAUGCGUGAGCUGUCGGGACCUCUGUCUCUUCUGAUAGAAAUGGUGACUUACUGCUCACAUUGUAAUGAGCCUUUCUCCCUGGGGGUGCUGCAGUUACUCAAGACCCAGAUGGAGACGGCUCCACCUCAUGAGCUAAAGAACAUUUUUCAGAUGCUGCACGAGUUACUUGUUGUGGAAGACCCUCUACAAUCCCAGAGACUGAAGUAUGCUUUUGAGUCAGACAAAGGAUUGUUUGCUUUGAUGCAGCAGAGCAACAACGUGGACAGCAGGCGCUGCUACCAGUGUGUAAAGUUCCUGGUCACACUAGCUCAGAAGUGCCCUCCAGCCAAGGAUUACUUUAAAGACUUCUCUGGAAAUUGGAGCUGGGCGGUACAGUGGCUUCAGAAAAAAAUGACUGAACAUUACUGGACUCCGCAGAGCAACGUCUCCAAUGAGACAUCCACCAAUAAAACCUUCCAGCGCACUAUCUCUGCACAGGAUACCUUGGCCUAUGCCACAGCAUUGUUAAAUGAGAAGGAGCAAUCUGGCAGCAGUAACGGCUCUGAUGGCAGCCCAGCGAAUGAAAACGCAGACCGCAGCCUCCGACAGGGGUCAGAGUCUCCCAUGAUGCUCGGCGAUUCAAAGAGCGAUCUAGAAGAUGUAGACUCCUAGCUCCUCCAGCCGGUGGUAUUUCUCCAAAGGAGAGGCAGCACAGGUCCAGGCAGCCAUUCGAAAGGGCUGCACUUCGCCUCUGAUUGGUCAGGACAUUUAGGACUCCGUGGAAAGCCAAUCAGAACAUUUCUCUUGGUCGCUACGGCAACAAAAGGAGCUAUGAAUAAAGCAUAAAUUACUUCCUUUCAGACAAGCCAAGGCGAUGAUGGAGAUGCAUUAUCAUUAAGGGCACCGGAGUUGAUUAAGGUGGGAAGUGCAAACCACCUUCCACAAUCACGGACAACUUCAGUUUAUCCUUUUUAUUCAUUCGUUCACUCGAAAUGACAGCAAAGUGGAGGAUGGGUUUGGGUUGUGUUUUAACAAUUUUUUGCUCAUAUUUGCCAAUGUAUUUGCAUAAACAACGUCAUAUUGUAAUUAAGAUUUGUUCCAUAAGUGUAAUUUCCCGUGUAAGAUAGUAUUUUAAAGUCUCUUCAUGCGCUUCUCCACAGCCAUGCAAACUGAAGGAAGUUACGUUAGCUGCUCCAGAGGAACUUUGACACGUGCAUUUGUACAGAAACACCUCCACACACACAAGCACUUGGGAGGGGGGUGGGGUCAAGUUUGCACUUUAUAGUCCAGCCCAGGUUAUGGUGGCCAGUUCCUCCAGAGCCACUCGGCGCUCGCGUACUCUUCUUCUUUUGCUUUUAACAACUGAAGUUUGCUGUGCCACUUAUGCAGACAUGUGAACGCCCUGAUAGCAAGCCGUUCUGCCUGUGACUGAACCUUUGACCCACGGCGGCCGUGUUGUAGCCACAGGGACAACGGUUCAGGGCAGGAUCUGUCCCUGAAAAGGGGCCGAUCCAUGGCCCUCAGCAGUGCCAUGGUCAGCACUCUCCCUCCACCAUUUCUUCUGCUGACAGGCAGCCUCAUGUGCUGGAUUUUAAUCUUUCCCUCACUGUGUUUUUUUUGUUUUUUUGGGGAGUUUUUUUUUCCACAUCUGACUGGAUGGAUUUGAUACUAGAGAGAAUCUUUAGGGACUUCAGCCUUAUGCAAGAAAAGCUGAUCUUGAAGUGCACAGGUCAGUUGCGGUGGUCCAUCAGUGCCGACUGAAGGGGAGCUCAGGAGCACGUUUUAUUUUUAGGUGCCAAGGUUAUAUACACUCAAACACAUAGGCGUUGUGAAAACGUGCGUCACUCAUUCACUUUUUCCUCAAACUACAGGUCCUCGCGUCACUGUUACCUCUGCUUUAUCUGGUUCAUCUUAAUUUUCUGGUAAACUUUUUUUGCUUUGCCUUUUUUGCUUUUUUGCCUUUUUUUUCUAAACACACAGGGGAGCUAAACCCAAAUGUAGCUCUAGUUUUCAACAGAAGGAAAUGCCAACAUUACCAUCAUCCUUACCCCAAUCAUCGGGAGUCUUAAAGUGCCUUAAUCUCCCGAUCUCCCCAACACUCCAAUGCUGACACUGUAUCAUCACACCUCCGGUGAGGCGUGUCAACUUUUGGCACCAAACCAGUGUCUCUUGUUCAUUUAGUCUACCUGUGGGGGAGCAGCAGGCCUUGUUUGUCUCCAUUUAUCCCCCCAAACUAAUACAGGGAAUUUCCUCUGUGUUGUGACAAAGGAUUCAAGGAAUGUAAGUGAUUCUGCACAGAUGUGAGUGUGUUGUGGGGGGGGGGGGAUAAGGUGUACCCAGUAAAACAGGAUUUUAGUGAUGGUAAAAUGCUGCUUCUUUUCACUCUGCUCUGGCAGAGAAACCUGUAGAUACUGAUUUAGGCUAGAUAGUUUUAAACACUUUAACAUGUUUUGAAGACUUGAGUUUAAACUAGCAUAGCAGAUUAGCUUUCAGCUUUAACAGGUCAAUGUUUACAGUGUGAGGACCUACAGUAUAAAGCAAUCAUGCAAGCUGAUUUUUUCGUUGCGAUCAGUCAGCUGAGGCUCCUCUGCAUCCUCACAGCCCAUGGAGAGGAAUGACUUUUCUUUAGCCCUUCCAUACACACCUCUCACUCUUCCUUUCUAUCUCAUUAGUUGUGAAUGUCACGUCGUGCUCUCCAGCACAUUUGCAUGUGUGGCAGCAAAUGGUGGUGAAGUUUGUCUGUCUCUGUGUGAUGGAAAAAAAGAAGAAAAAAAUCAGCCCCCCAUGUUGUUUGCUGUGUGAUUCGGUGUCAUUAGCACUUACUGUGACAAACAACGCCCGUGCUAAGUGAGGGAGCUGCAUGCAGUCUGUGCCAAGUGAUACAUAGCCAUGGCAACAUGAGUUGCAUCCAGCCGAGAGUUUCUCAUAGGUUUGGCCCUCUUCUACAUUACCACAACAACUUAAAGAUAAGGGAGGGGAAAAAAAGUAAAACAAUCUUUUGUUUUAAAUCUGGGAUGCAGGAUGGGUGGGGGUGAGUAAGCUUGGGUUGGGAUUGGUAUCUAUACGGGUUUUUACUGUAUUUCAGUUUUGAAAAUUCACUUCUGACAUCACAGGAAUCUGCAAUGCAUGUUAAAACUCAGUUUUAAUUUGUACAUCAGAGUUUGAUUAAGGGGAAAUUUGAUAUAAAAUAAACUGGAAUGCACAA